CCCACCUCUAAGAUGUGACACUGCGUAGGGGGGCGUGGCCAAACAGUCAGGCGGCGCCAUAGUGUCCCAGGGUGAAGCCAUGAAUAAUAUCAAGGUAGAGAAUAUCGAAGCAGAAGAAGAAAAGUAUUCAAGUGGUGUCCAGGAGUGUAAGGAAGAGGAAACAUCUACAGAUAUCAGCACAGAUGGGGCCAGUAACAGGAAUACCCCAGAGAGAUGUCCCCAUCCUCUUUAUUCACAGGAUCAUACAGAGGAGAGUCACAGUGUCCCACAGGAGGAUCAGUGGAAAGAUCUAAUUAUUAUCAAAGUAGAAGAUAUAAAAGAAGAAGAGGAGACGUGUGUGUGGGGUGAUCUGCAGUGUAAGAAGGAAGAAAUCCCUACAGGUAUCAGUACAGCAGAUUGCCACAACAUCAGGAAUCCCUCGGAGGAACAGCUCACUAUUACUCCAGAUUUUAAAACAGAAGAUAACGUCAUCACAGAACAUUCUACAGGAGAAAACCUCUUUACCCCAAAUAUACAUCCAGUAGCUUACAGUGCAGACAUAUCAUUUGAUCCCCCUAAUCCUGAUGAGUGUUCUCCUGAUAACUCUUAUAGUAUUAUACAUAGUACAUUUUUUCAAUGUUACGAAUGUGGGAAACAUUUUAUACAGAAAUCAGAUUUUAGCAGACAUCAAAGAACUCACUCAGGUGAGAAGCCGUUUUUAUGCUCUGAAUGUGGGAAAUGUUUUUUACAAAAAUCAAAUCUUGUUAGACACAAGAGAACUCACACAGGCGAGAAGCCGUUUCCAUGUUCUGAGUGCGGGAAAUAUUUUACAAAUAGAUCAGCUCUUGUUAUACAUCAGAGAACUCACACGGGUGAGAAGCCGUUUCCGUGCUCCGAGUGUGGGAAAUGUUUUACACACAAAUCUGCUCUUGUUAUACAUCAGAGAACUCACACAAGUGAGAAGCCAUUUACGUGUCCCGAGUGUGGCAAAUCUUUUACGGAUAAUUCAGCUUUUGUCAGACACCAGAGAAGUCACACAGGUGAGAAGCCGUAUCCAUGUUUAGAGUGUGGGAAAUGUUUUGCAAUGACAUCAAAUCUUGUUAGACACCAGAGAACUCACACAGGGGAGAAGCCUUAUAUGUGCUUUGAGUGUGGGAAAUGUUUCACACAGAAAUCAGAUCUUGAUCAACAUCAAAUAAUCCACAGAGGCGAGUGGCCAUUUUCAUGUUCCGAGUGCAAUAAAUGUUUUAGAAAAAAAUCCUUUCUUGUUAAACAUCAGAGAACUGAACACAGUGGGGAAACAGUUUCCAUGUCCUGAUUGUGGGAAAUGUUUUACACAAAAUAAGAUUUUUCAAACAUCAUAGAGCUCACACAUCAUUUCACAGAUAAUGUGUGGUUUUGUUUUAACCUAGUAAGUCUAAUUAAAUAUUGAGCUGUGUUUUAUUUGUGGAAUAUGUGCUACAUCAGGUAUAUCGAUGAAGCAGCCCUCCAGCUACUGUGGAACUACAUAUCCCAGAAUGCCUUGCCACAGUAUUGCUAUUAGAGCAUGCAAAAACUGUGGCAAGGCAUGUUGGGAUGUAUAGUUCCAUAGCAACUGGAAGGCCACAUGUUGGCUAUCCCUGUUCUACAUGGCAAUAAAGCAUGGCAUGUACCAAUACUCUGUUAUUUGCUGCAGGUAGGAUGAGAGGGAGGAGCUUAUGUUGGUCUGAUAAAAGGAGCGCCAUCUUAGCCCUCACCCUUCCAGGCAGCAGUAGAAACACCGCAAGUGAUGUGAUAUGUAUUAUUAUACACUAUGCUAUAUUUCCAGUCAUGUCUCCUAAGGGUAGAUUUAUGAAAUCUUCUAAAACAGAUAAGUGGUGAUGUGGCCCAUAGUAACCAAUCAGAUUAUGUAUCACUAUCUAGAAUGCAACUGAGAAAAGAUAGCUAGAAUCUGAGUGGCUACUAUAAGUAACACUACUCAGUGAUCUCCCAUCAGUAACUGUUGUUUGUUCCUUCAACAUUCCCUUUGGACUUGAUGUAGAAAAGAUGGAAGAUUGGUUUAUAUGGAAAUAGCAGCUUAAUGUAUGCAGGAUAUAACAUUGUGUUGCUUACGCUCUCUGACAGAGUCUAUGUCCAGUCCCCCUUCUGUACUGAGAAAUGAGCAACAAUAAGGAAUAUACAGAUGAAGUUGUUUUAUUGUUGUUAAAUCCAUUGUAGAAACCAAUUUACAAGCAAUGACUGUCCGCUGACCAUGUCUGUGUCAGAUGUUUAUCAGAUAACGUGAUUAUCAGACAUUACCAGCCUAUAGCUAUCCGUUAUAUGUCAGUAUCACUGUAUAUCAUAUGUGCUACUUUAUAUUUUUUACCACUAUAAAUUGUCUGCACUUAUGUUUCCAAGUUACGGUUCAGGAUGACUGAAAUAAAAUAGGAAUCCUCAAUUGAAUAA